ACGGUUAUUGUAGUGCAAGAAGACUGACGUGUUCGUUACUGAUUUACUACUACUGUUAUUGUUACUGUGAAAGUUAAGCUGAAACAGUUUUGAGACUAAAAGUAAAACAUCUUAGAAGCGGUUUGUAUUUUAAUUUUCAGAAACAUGGCCCAAAAUUUCCCUCCUCUAAAGAAUGAUGCCAUACUGCGUGUAGCUCGUGGUCAACGGACAGAAUUCACACCUGUUUGGGUAAUGAGACAAGCAGGACGAUACUUGCCAGAAUUUCGUGAAAUAAGAAAAGAUUUCAGCUUUUUUGAACUUUGUAAGACCCCCGAACUUGCUUGCCAGGUUACAUUGCAACCAAUAAAUCGUUUUAAUCUUGAUGCAGCCAUAAUAUUCUCUGAUAUUUUAGUAAUACCACAAGCACUGGGCAUGACAGUGGAUAUGCUUCCUGGUGUAGGCCCACAUUUCCCCAAACCUCUAGAGAAACCAGAUGACUUGUCUGUAUUAAAAGAAUCUCCAAAUGUGAAGAAAGAACUUGGUUAUGUUUUUGAUGCUAUUACAUUAACUAGGCACAGGCUUGAGGGUAGAGUUCCCCUUCUGGGGUUUUGUGGAGCCCCUUGGACUGUUAUGGGAUACAUGAUUGAAGGUGGGGGAACCAAAACCAUGUCUAAAGCUAAGCGUUGGCUGUAUCAGUGGCCUGUGGAGAGCCACAAGCUUUUAAAGAUCCUCACCGAUGUUACGAUCGACUACCUUGUUGGUCAGGUUGAGGCUGGUGCCCAGAUGCUGCAGGUGUUUGAGUCUAGUGCUGGCUUCCUUGGUCCACAACUCUUUGAGCAAUUUGCUCUUCCAUAUAUUAAAAGUAUAAGUGAAAGUGUAAAAUCUAGACUGCAGAGUGAAGGACUUGAUCAAGUCCCUAUGACUAUUUUUGCAAAAGAUGCUCAUUAUGCUCUGGACAAACUAGGACAAGCAGGAUACAAUGUUGUAGGAAUUGAUUGGACGGUUAAACCCAAAAAAGCACGAGAAGAGGUGGGACCCAAUGUCACUCUUCAAGGAAAUCUUGAUCCCUGUGCACUUUAUGCCUCACCAUCUAAUAUUGACCAAUAUGUAGCACAAAUGAUGACAGAAUUUGGACCACAUAGACACAUUGCCAACCUCGGACAUGGAGUAUAUCCUGAUAUUGACCCUGCACAUCUAUGUGCUUUCGUGGAUGCUGUACACAAACACUCCAAAGAACUAAAUUCCACCCACUGAAUGUGAACAGUCUUAAUCAUGAUAUUUUCUUUAGUUCUUUUUAAUACAAAUGAGUUUUUAUCUCCAUUUCUGAAUUGUUUUAGCAUCACAACCAGUUUUCUGUAGAACCGAGUAAGUAAUAUAAGGGCUAUAAUUGUCUAUAUUUUUAUGGUGAUUACUAGUUACCUAUUUAUUAUUGUAAAGUAUACUAAGCUUAUGGUGUAAUUAUUGCUCCAAGUACUUUUCAAAGUUUACUGUAGAAGGGGAUUUCCUAUAAUUAAACUUUUAUAAUAGUUCUUGUUUAAAACAAGUUUUGUAAAUAAAGAGUUUUUAUUAGAACUUCUGAAAUAAAAGAACUGAUUAAAAGUAA